AAGAACGGUGCUGCGACUUCUCUACACCCUCCUCUUUCUCUUCCACUUCCACUUCCUUUUCCUCAAGAUUUGUACAAAUAUGGCUACAGCUUGUUAUUCAUCGUCUACUAUGCCUACUCCGCAAACAAAAGAUGGUUUUGGUAGUUGUAGAUCUAAGGAUGUUUGUUGUUUCUUUGUUAGGCAUGGUGAUGCUGCUUUACGUCAAAAGAAAAUACAAAGCUAUAUUAAUAGGCAACGUCUGAUAGGAAUUUGGGGUGCACUUAUGCAUGCAAUUCAAGAAUCAAAACUUUCUGUAAUCAUUUUCUCGAAAAACUAUGCUUCUACUUCAUGGUGCUUGGAUGAACUUGCUAGAAUACUUGAUUGCAAGAAGGAACUUGAGCAAUUGGGUGUAUCCGUAAUUUAUGGUGUAGGUCCAAGAGUUGUUCGAAAACAAACAGGGGCUUAUGCAGCUGCAUUUGAUAGACAUGAAGAGCGUUUCAAGCAUGACCCGGACAAGUUGCUAAAGUGGAGAGAUGCUCGGACCAGGGUAGAUCAAUUAAAAGGGUGGGAGUCAAGGAAGUACAGAAGUGAUUUUAUACAAGCGUUGACCGAUGAUGUACUGGAGCUGAUGGUGAGUGUAGGUAAAAAAAUACUUGAAAAUGGUACCUCUGAACAAUCUGUAGAGAUGGCUACAGCAGUUGAUGAUAAGUCAAAAGACAGCUAUCCCAUUCGGCCAAGCCAACUCGAUGAUGAUUGCCUUGAAAGUAUCUUAAUUAAAUUCACUUACUACAAGGAUUUGACUGAUGACGUACAGAAUCUACUACCCAAAGAUGCAAAUGUUGACUCCCAAUCUGUAAAGACCGCAGUUGAUGAUGAGUCAAAAGACAGCUAUCCUGAUAAGCUAAGCCAACUCCACCACAACGGUUGCCUUGAGAAGAUCUUAAAAAAGGUCCCUUACUACAAGGAUUUUGUGGCCUUUUCGGAGGUCUGUCACUCGAGCCGAAGUGUUUGUUCCAAUAUGGAAUGGGAUGAAGGUCCCAAACCUCCUUGUCUUAUGCUCUCUGAGAAUUCGGGCAGCUCCUCUCACUCUUUCUUCAAUCUCCACAACAACAAUGGUUUCAUACUAGAACUACCUGCAGUUGUAAGAAGGCGCAUUUGGGGAUCUUCCUAUGGUUGGCUUGUAACUGUUGACCCUGAACUUGAAGCCCAACUUAUGAAUCCCAUUUCGCAAGUGUGCAUCAAUCUCCCACCUUUCCCAACAAUGCACAACCAGCUUUCUAGGAAAAAUCAGUUCCACAUGAUACAUAAAAUCCUAGUGUUCAAGAUCAAGAUUGAUAAGUUCCUUCUCAUGGUAAUUUUUAAUCCAGAAAAUUGAGUGGCUUUUACCCGGGUACCAGGAGAUGGAGAAUGGAUUUGGAUUAGCAAUCCAGAAAAGCUACUUUUCAGAGACAUCUCUUACUUACGAGGCCAAGAUCAAGUAUACGCACUUUGUGAUGAUGGCUCACUUGUUAGGAUAGAGUUUGCUUUCCACAACAUAUCAGGUAAAAUGAGUUCUACAGUCAAUGAAUUAGUGAAGUUGAUGGAGUUUUCUGGGCCUCUUUCUGCAAAAGUUGAGCUCAUUGCUGCCCAUCCCAUAGGUGAAUCGGUCGGGCCUCUGCCUGAAAUGGAAAGGACAGGCAGAGCAUACUUGGUGGCGUCACCUGAUAAUGAUCUUUUCGGGGUUUUCCGCUACAGCGAAGAUAUGGGGUCUGAUCAGAGAAUGGUGGAGUUUGCAGUAUACAAGUUCAAUCCUCGAGGCGUCGGGUGGGAAAGUGUAAUCAGUAUUAGGGACAAGGCCUUUUUCGUUGGCAACAACACCUCAUGGAGCAUUUUUUCUGCAAACACUGUUAAUUGCAGGAAGAAUAGGAUCUACUUUACGGAUGACAAUUGGGAGCUAGAGUGGUUGCACAAUGUCCAGGGUCUUGACAUUGGCGUUUAUGACAUGGAAACGCGAAGAACUGAAGGCCUUGGUUUAGGUGUGUCAACUUCAACUUCUUCACUCGUCCGCUCAACUUGGACAACGCCUGGUUUGACCCCAAACGCUUUUCGUUAGUUUUUCUGCAUUUAUUGAAAAGAAUUCAAAAAGGAACUAUAUAUUAUAUUUUCGCAUCCUUGCUGUGCGUGAUUAUGGGCUCCGGAUUUCAGUGACUUAUACGUCAUUUAUUUUAUUUUAUUUUUUUGGCUACCGGAUGACUAUAGUUUGUGAUUGAUAAUUGAACUAGGCAAAGAUAUAUGUACAUGUGUUAUUACUUGUUAGGAUUUAUAUACUAGCAAGUAAUAGCUCAUCCUUUUCUUUUAAAUUCAUUGUUCCGUUCAUUGGUUUCUCCCU